CCGCCAGCUGUUCCGUUUCAGCAACUGCGAGUGUGUGUGAAAUUCUAGUGAGAGAAAAUCUAGAGAGAGAGUGUGUAUGUGUGUGUGAAAUUCUAGAGAGAGAAAAUCUAGAGUGAGAGAGAUCUCCCGCCCCGAUUUUCUCCUCUCCAUUGACCUCUCUGCUGUUUCGAAUAAUUCUGCAUUCUCAUAAACCCUAAUUUAGCCGUUAAAAGCAGUUUAGGUUUUGUUAUAGUGCCGUACAACGAUUUGAUCCGGUAGAUUCUAAUUCGGUUUAUGUUCGAUUUGAUUUUUCGCAUCUGGAUCAUACCGAAUCCGGAUUCGAAUCUGUUACAGGAUUCGCGAUCGUUUCGAGAUGACGGCUGGUGAGGUUGUUUGUAAAGCAGAGAUUCAGGAGAAGUGUGGUUCUGGUGUGAAUGCAGGCGGUGGUACUGUUGAUUGUAAUGUCGGUGGAAAUGGUAAUUGUAAUUGUAAUGGCAACGGUGGUUCCGCAUGUGUGUUUGUGAACGGGAGUGUCGAGGUGAGUGCUGGUGAGUUUAGUGAUGCAGGUGGUGUUAAUGUUGAUGGUGAAGUAGAGCAGUUUAAGAAGGAAGGGUUAGGUGUUGAGGAGGAGGGGUUGACUGUUGAUCCGUUGGUGUCGGUGACUAAUGGCGUUGUUAACAGGCCCGUGACAGUAAGUGUUGAAGAGGUAAAAGCUGUUGAAGAUGAUGAGAAUGUCGAGAAUGGAUCGGUUGUUGACUCUCCUGUGGUCCUGGUGUGUAACGGUAUUAUUGCUCAGGAUGUUAAUGGUCAUCUUGACAACGUCUCAGGAGAGCAAGAGGUGGAUGUUACGAGCGCUGAAGAUGUGAAUGUCGAGAAUGGAUUGACUGUUGACUCUCCUGUGGUCCUGGUGUGUAACGGUAUCAUUGCUCAGGAUGUUAAUGGUCAUCUUGACGAGGUCUCAGGGGAGCAAGAGGUGGAUGUUACGAGUGCUGAAGAUGUGAAUAUCGAGAAUGGAUCGGCUGUUGACUCUCCUGUGGUCCUGGUGUGUAAUGGUGUUAUUGCUCAGGAUGAUCAUGGUCAUCUUGACAACGUCUCAGGAGAGCAAGAGGUGGAUGUUAUGAGCGCUGAAGACGUGAAUGUCGAGAAUGGGUCGGCUGUUGACUCUCCUGUGGUCCUGGUGUGUAAUGGUAUUAUUGCUCAGGAUGUUAAUGGUCAUCUUGACAACAUCUCAGCGGAGCAAGAGGUGGAUGUUAACAGCGCUGAAGAUGUGACUGUCGAGAAUGGAUCGGUUGUUGACUCUCCUGUGGUCCUGGUGUGUAAUGGUGUUAUUGCUCAGGAUGUUAAUGGUCAUCUUGACAACGUCUCAGGAGAGCAAGAGGUGGAUGUUACGAGCGCUGAGGAUGUGAAUGUCGAGAAUGGAUCGGCUGUUGACUCUCCUGUGGUCCUGGUGUGUAAUGGUAUUAUUUAUCAGGAUGUUAAUGGUCAUCUUGACAACAUCUCAGGGGAGCAAGAGGUGGAUGUUAACAGCGCUGAAGAAGUGGAUGUCGAGAAUGGAUCGGCUGUUGACUCUCCUGUGGUCCUGGUGUGUAACGGUGUUAUUGCUCAGGAUGUUAAUGGUCAUCUUGACAACGUCGCAGGGGAGCAAGAGGUGGAUGUUACGAGUGUUGAAGAUGUGAAUGUCGAGAAUGGAUCGGCUAUUGACUCUCCUGUGGUCCUAGUGUGUAAUGGUAUUAUUGCUCAGGAUGUUAAUGGUCAUCUUGAUGAGGUCUCAGAGGAGCAAGAGGUGGAUGUUAAGAGCGCUGAAGAUGUGAAUGUCGAGAAUGGAUCGGUUGUUGACUCUCCUGUGGUCCUGGUGUGUAAUGGUGUUAUUGCUCAGGAUGUUAAUGGUCAUCUUGACAACGUCUCAGGAGAGCAAGAGGUGGAUGUUAACAGCGCUGAAGAUGUGAAUGCUGAGAAUGGAUCGGCUGUUGACUCUCCUGUGGUCCUGGUGUGUAAUGGUAUCAUUGCUCAAGAUGUUAAGAGCACCGAAGACAUGGAUGAUACUGGUUCGGAGCUUACUGAGUCAACUCUGUACAGCGUAAAAAGCUCUCAAGUGACUGGUUCUGGGUUAGAGUCUGCUAUUAAGCCGUCUGAUUUGACAGUUGAUGUGUCUGGUAAGCCAUAUGAAGAUUUGGGAAGUCAACUUACAGCUGAUGAGCCAGAAUCUUGUGGAGGCCCAAUCAAGGGACAAGAAUGUAAAGUGUCAGUUGAUGGGUCCGAUUCCGUUGGCAAUUUAGUUAACAACCAAGAAUGUCCAAUAUCGUUUGAUGAGCUAGAACCUAGUGCUAAGCAUACCGAGAAAGUAGAAUCUAAUACAGUUGUUGUGCAGUUAGAAGAAAAGUCAGAAGAUCAUCAGGAGUUAUUCGCUAUUCCCUCAGAGGUCAAUGUAGAAGUUGAACCAAAUCACGUCUGCAGCGUGAUAAAAGCUGAGACCAAGAAAGCUGAAGGAACAGAAAGUCGGUCAGGCGUAGAAUCAGAAGAGAAUCCAGAUUCUGGUCUUGUGUUGCCUGAGGAAGUGGAUGACUUGACAGUAGUUGAGCAAAAGAUUGAAACUGAAUCUCAUUUGGGUACAGAGAACCGAUCUGCUGAAGGUGUGGACUGUGGAACUGAGAUUGAAAAUGUUGAUGUCUCUGAUGAUGAUGAUGAAAAAGAAAGUGAAGUUAAGGAUGCUGAAGAUGUACCUCAUCCGGUUACAGAGAUCAUAUCUCCUGAACGUAUGGAUUGUGGAACUCCGGUCGAAAAUGUUGUUGUCUCUGACAAUGAAGAAAAAGAAAACGAAGUUAAAGAUGCUCAUGUUGAACUUGUACAAAAUAUCGUUCCAGGGAAUAGCUCUGCUGAAGAUAUGGAUUGUGAAAACGAGAUAAAAAAUGCCGAUUUCCCUGAUGAAGAAAAAGAGUCUGAAGUUAAUGAUCCCUCAGUUGGAGAUCGGUCGACAUUAAGUUUUUCUGAUACACUUGUGAACCAUGGAGCCGUGAUUGAGUUUGGUUCAAUUGGGCUUCAUGGGACAACACUUAGUAUACAGAAUGAAGAAGUAGUAGACAUGAAUGGCAUUCAAACUGAUGCUAUUGAUGUACAUGAUGAAGAAGUUGAGGUUUUAGAAUAUAACUUCUUGGUAAAGAUUCCCAGAUUCGAGGAUGAAAAUUUCAGGGAUCAGAUUAGAAGUGCACUGGAGGUAGUUGAGGAGAAGACAGGCAUUCGAGAAUCAAUCCGAGUUAAGCUUUUAAAAAAAAGGGACAUGUUGAUGGCCUUUAACGACGAAUAUGAUCUUGUAAAAAGGGAUGAGAUUGCAGCAAGGCGGGCAGUUAAAGCAAAGAGACAGGAAAUAGACUCUGUUCAGGCUAUCAUCAACAGGUGGAAGAAUGCAAUGUCUGUUGAAGAUAUUGAUGCAAGGAUUUUCGGUGUGGAGUAUAUGAUACAGCAUGAAACGAUUCGUUUAACGGAUGAGAAAGAGUUCAUUCGUGAGAUUAAGCAGCUCAAGUCUCUUAGAGAUCAGCUAGCCUCAAAUAUGGGUACCCCCGAGGAAAUUCGACAUGCUAUAGACACAAAAGAUCAGAAUGAGGAACGUAUGAAGACUCUAAGGAAGGAACUGGAGUCCUUGAAACGUGAGGUUUCAAAAUUUGAAGCGGUUAUCGAACAACUUGCUAUAAAAUACGAGGAGACAACUUAUGAGGAAAGAGACCUGAAACGUCAACUCAGAGUUGCAGAUGUUGUUCGCCAAAAAGCAUAUGCUGAUUUAAAUAGUUUGAAGAAACUAUCAUAUGACAAGAACAAAAAUUUCCGCCAGUUUAAGGAAGAUGUCACAACAGCAAAGACUUUUUUAUCAAAAGGAGAUAAAGAUGCACUUCAUCGUUUAUGUGCAAAUCAGGUGGAGACAUUUAUGGAGCAAUGGAACAACAAUGACGAGUUCCGGCAAGAAUACGUCAGUAGGUGCAAUGCGAAUGCAAGCAGGCGACAAAGGGUGUCUGAUGGGCCCCCACUUGUUCCUGAUGAUGUGGCGCCUGUGCUUUCCAGUAAUGUCAAUUCUAUUCCAGGUGAAGUUAAACACAUGUCGGUGGUUUUACCUGUUGAACAAGGAAAGGAUGUUUCAUUUGUCGAAAGUAAGAACGAAGAUAAUCAUGAUACCGGUAAGUCUAUCGAGAAGGUAUCGGGCCAAAAGAACCAGGAACUGAAAAACAAAGGUGUUGCAAAACCGACGAACUUGGGAAGUGGUGACGUCGCAAAAGAGGCUGAGUUGGCUGUGGUUGCUGAUCUGGUGGAGAAUAUACCGACAAAAGAGGAGAUUGAGCUGGCGAGGAAGGCUGAGGAAGAGAUUGCUGCCAAACUCAAAGAGCAACGGCGCCUGGAGGAGAAGGCUAAGGCAAUUGAGGCAAUCGAGAGGAAGAAACGAAAUGCUGAGAAGGCCCAACAAAGGGCUGAGCUCCGGGCCCGCAAGGAAGCUGAGCAAAAAGAGAAGGAGAGAGAGAAGCGAUUAAGAAAGAAGGAAAAGAAGGCAGGUGGCGGAGAUGGGGAAGAAGUCGCAGGGUCAGAAGGUUUAAACGAGGCUACAACUAAAGAGAUUGAAACCGUCGCUAACAAGAAAAAAUCUCAAAAACCGCCAGCUCAUUUCUUCUCAAAGCAGCUAAAACCAAAGCCCGUCCCUCCGCCGCUUAUAAACAAAAACAAGAGGCGGUGGCAACAAUUGGGACGAUUGGCUCUUGGUGUUGUUGGUGUUCUUGGUGUCCUUUUUGUGUUUCUGUUGGCUAACUUCGGUCUUUUUUACGACUUCAAGUCCUCCAGGUUCACUAUCGCGUACUGAAUCUGAAUCCCGCCCGCUCGUUUGCUUCUAAAAAUAUAGAGAAGUUUUUUUUUUUUUUUUUUUUCGGUGGAAACUUGAUCGAGUUUCGGUUUCUAAAUCACCUAUAGAUAUAUGCGUUAAAGAGUUCUAAUAAGGUCUGGGCUUUUAGUUUGUUUUAUAAACAGUUUUCAGUAGUUUGUAAUAUGGUAUGGUUAAGCUGGAAGUUACAAGAGAAGAACCUUUUUAGUAUAUUGAUAAUCAUGCCUAUGCCUGUA